CCGCGGGACUGGAGUGCCAGGCGGUGCUGGAGGUGGAGCGGCGACGGCGCCGCGCAGAGACCGGGCUCCGCGGCCCAGCAGCCCCCCUGCCCCACACGACGGACUUUCCCAGGACCCCAGUCAGUGGGAGCCCCUGGCGCCCCGCGACCCCGGCCCCUCCGGCGCCCGCUCGGCCGCUUUGGCUCAGAAGCUCAGGUCGCCUCCAGCGCAGGUGGACCUGGGAGGGUGACCCCUCUGGCUUCCCAGCACUAUGCCGGGCACUGCGGCGACACUGCGAUUCCAGCUGCUCCCCCCCGAGCCAGACGAUGCCUUCUGGGGUGCGCCUUGUGAACAUCCCCUGGAGCGCAGGUACCAGGCGCUGCCGGCCCUCCUCUGCAUCGUGUGCUGUUUGUUUGGAGUCGUCUACUGCUUCUUCGGUUACCGCUGCUUCAAGGCGGUGCUCUUCCUCACUGGGUUGCUGUUCGGCUCCGUCGUCAUCUUCCUGCUGUGCUACCGAGAGCGGGUGCUGGAGACGCAGCUGAGCGCCGGGGCGAGCGCGGGCAUCGCGCUGGGCAUUGGGCUGCUCUGCGGGCUGGUGGCCAUGCUGGUGCGCAGCGUGGGCCUCUUCCUGGUGGGGCUGCUGCUCGGCCUGCUGCUCGCCGCUGCCGCCCUGCUGGGCUCGGCGCCCUACUACCAGCCGGGCUCCGUGUGGGGCCCCCUGGGGCUGCUGCUGGGGGGCGGCCUGCUCUGCGCCCUGCUCACGCUGCGCUGGCCCCGUCCACUCACCACCCUGGCCACCGCCGUGACCGGUGCUGCGCUCAUCGCCACCGCCGCGGACUACUUUGCCGAGCUGCUGCUGCUGGGGCGCUACGUGGUGGAGCGACUGCGGGCCGCCGCCGUGCCCCCUCUGUGCUGGCGCAGCUGGGCCCUGCUGGCGCUCUGGCCCCUGCUCAGCCUGCUGGGCGUUCUGGUGCAGUGGCGGGUGACGGCUGAGAGGGACUCCCACACCGAAGUGGUCAUCAGCCGGCAGCGCCGCCGCGUGCAGCUGAUGCGGAUCCGGCAGCAGGAAGAGCGCAAGGAGAAGCGGCGCAAGAAGAGACCCCCUCGGGCUCCCCCCAGAGGCACCCGGGCUCCUCCCAGGCCUGGGCCCCCCGACCCUGCGUACCGGCGCAGGCCAGUGCCGGUCAAGCGCUUCAAUGGAGACGUCCUCUCCCCGAGCUACAUCCAGAGCUUCCGGGACCGGCAGACAGGGAGCUCGCUGAGCUCCUUCCUGGCCUCGCCCACCGAUGCGGACUUUGAGUAUGGGUCACCAGGGCCGCUGACAGCCUGCUCAGGGCCCCCGGUGCGGGCGUAGCUGCAUCCCGCCACCAGGACUCCGCAGCCACCAGCUCUCCCGGCCUGGGGAGGCCGAGCGCCCAGCACCCAGCCUGCCUGGCCCUGCGGGCGGUGGCUGUCUCUCUCCGCUCUCUGGGGAGGGCCGACCCGGCCACUCGCAGGAGGCUCUGUCUUGGGGGCUGGGCCUGGCCUGAUGGAAGGCCCCCUGCUGCCAAGCUCCCGAGGGGCUCCUAGGGACUCGGGGUGUGAGCCCCACUGGGGUGUGCUCAGGGUUGUGAGUGUGUCACCUGCGUGUGUGUGUGUGUGUGUGCAGGUGUAGGGGGUAGGCUUGGAGGGGACUCUGGGCCCUUGCCUUAGGCUUCUCCAGAGCUGGCCAAUCUCCUGCAUGUCCAUGUGGAGGAGCCUGCCUUCCUCCGCACUGCUCUGCCUCCCAGCCAGACUCCUCCAAGGGUUCCCACUCUUGUCAGCGGGGCAAACAGCCACAGCCCUCACCCUGGUCCCCUGGCCUCUGCAAAGCCACCAGCCGGAGGGCAGCGGCAGGGGAAGGGGCUGGGGGGUGCUGCCC